GGCUCGGCCCCUGCGUCACCCGCGGCAGAGGGGGCUGGCCGGGGAAGGGGCGUAGCACUCCCGGCUUGGGACAGACGAGUCCUCCUGGAGCUUCCAGCUGGGCUGCGCACGGAGGGCAGGCUCUGCCCGGCAGGACAGACGGACAGCGAGCAAGCGGCCCAGGUGAGAGGAAGAUGAAGGUCCUGCUGGUGCUGAUGAUGCUGUUUGCCUGCAGUGUGUUCACAGCGCACGGGAAGCACCCACGCCCGUUCACACCGGGACUCGAGGGAAGCACCGUAGGAAACCUGACUGCCCACGGAUGCUACAGGGGAUGGGGCACCUCGAGGGCUUCGGUGGAUCGGUGCUGCCUGCUCCGAGCCUGCUGCUAUGCCAGGCUGGCAGCGCGGCGCUGCCCAGCGGGACCGGCCCAGCCGCUGUCUGCGCCCCGGGCAGGGAUCCCCGCCUGCAGUUCGGGGACGCGCUGCCAGCGAGGCGCCUGCAGGUGCGAGAGGGCGAUGCUGCUGUGCCGGGCUCGGCUGGGCCGCGCUCGGCUGGGCCGGGCUCAGCUCCGCCGCCGCGCCGGGUGCCGGGGACGAGCCGGGCGCUGCUGA